AAUGGAGGUGCAAAUAUUUCUAGUCACUUGUUUCUUUGGUGUUCUCUUCUUAUAUUAUGUGUAUGAUUAAAUGUUUGAUUCUCCUACCUGACAGGUCAACUUCCUGUUUUUUAUGAUGUGUCAAGACAAUCAAACAAAAGUCUCAGAGGUCCAUCUUCUUGGAGUACAAGGUCUAGACAACUUUAAACCUCUAAUCUUCACUAUCCUACUUCUAUUAUACAUUGCAAUAGUGACUGGAAACUUUUCAAUUAUCCUUCUAGUAUCAACCAAUAGUAAUCUCAAAAUUCCAAUGUUCAUCCUUCUCCAGCACCUUGCUUUUGCUGAUGCCCUUCUAGCCACUUGUGUUAUACCAAUGAUGGCAGAGACAAUCAUGACAAAGAGGAACAUUUCUGUUGUUGGCUGUAUCACACAAAUGUAUUUCUAUUUCAAUUUUGGGUUUGUGCAAUGUUUUCUUCUUGCUGUAAUGUCUUAUGACAGAUAUGUAGCUAUUUGUAAUCCUUUACGUUACAUCGUAAUUAUGGACCGCAGAAUCUGCUUCCUAUUGGGUUAUGGUUGCUGGGUAAUAACUUGGAGCCUGUGUUCAAUUGAAUUUAUUUUGAUAUUUCAGUUUCAGUUUUGUGGCUCUAGUGACAUUGAUUACUUAUUUUGUGAUUUGGGCCCAGUCAUGCAAUUGUCCACCUCAGACACGUCUAUCGUACAAUGGCUAGACUUCACAUACUCCGUCUUAUCCACGUUCUGUGCUCUUGCUUUUAUCAUCGGCACAUACAUCUACAUUUUUAUUAUCAUUCUCAAGAUUUCAUCUUCAACUGCCAGAAAAAAAUCCUUUUCAACAUGUAGUGCCCACCUGAUCUCUGUGGGUGCAUAUUAUGGGUCCUUAAUCACUAUUUAUGUGACUCCAUCCAAUGAAAUGUCACCUAACGUGAACAAGUACAGUUCUUUAUUGUACAUUGUAGUGACUCCAUUGAUGAACCCUAUCAUAUAUAGCCUGAGGAACCAGGAGAUAAGACAAGCUCUUCAUAAAAAGUUGAGGAAGAUAGCAGUAAAGUCAUUUAGAUAAAGAUCUGUGAAUAUUCAAAGGAGAAUGAGUGACAUGAAAUAAAUCUUCUGUUAACCACUUGCCCACUGGUCACUUAUACUCACUUCCUAACCAGGCCAAUUUUGAGCUUUUAGUGCUUUCACAUUUUGAAAGACAAUUACUCAGUUGUAAACAAAACGACUAGCCCUUCCUAAAAUCAAAGCGCUUGUGGAAGAGAGGAGAUAAACUAAAUGAAAAUACACAGAGGGACUAUAGUCACCUCCCUCAUGAACAAUAUAAAA